GUAAAUUGUGCUUUGCUGCUCAUACCGAAAAAGAAUGCUCUCUUGCUUCUGAGAUGAAAUUCCAAUUAGAAUGUACAUAAUAGCUGAGGAGAGUUUGAAGGCAUGCACGAAUCUCAGGCUCAUUGGAGUCUGCCACUCCCGGUGAUGUCGAGCUGUAGACGGGCACAAUCGUUUUCCAAAGCCGAGAGUCUACAAAGAGAGCCAUCGAAACGAUGUACCUUCGUAAGCAUGACUGCAAUUUUAUACAGUACCAUGCUUCGAGUCAGCUGCGAGCGUAACAUACAUCAGUCACGGGAGAAGGACGGUUUCAGAGAAGACGGCUUCCAAAUCGAUCUCUCAUGUCAAAGACACUCACGAUGAAGAUCUAAGGAAGAUCAUGUUAUCCAUUCUUUCUGAAAUGUGAAAUUGGGAUCGCUAUUUAGGAAAGAAA